AUGAAUAAAAGUUACAUCAUUAAUCAGUACAGAAUUACAUUGCUCUAUCAGUUUUCUGUGGUAGGCGAAGAGUGUCAGAAACUCGCCGAGAUUUUGGGAUCUGAACUAACAGUACUGUCACGUUGCAUUCGAUGCGGAGAGCUGAAUGGAUCCGAUGAAAAGAAGAUCGUUAUUUCCAUGAACUAUCCGGAAGCUGCCGAACAGAGAAACAUGAGCUACCUACUGGAGAAAGCGUUGCAUGCGAAAGGACAACGUCAAGGGCCAUGCGAAUCUUGUUCAGUGACCACUCGCAUGGAUGACACUAGAAGAGUCCAGAAGCUUGCACCAAUAUUGCUGAUCGACACGAAUCCGGGUAGUCCAAAGUUUACCGAGUUUUGGGAGAAGCAACUGAAGCUGUCUGAAUCUCGCCCUCGAUACCGUAUCCCGGAAAAAGAAUGUUCACUGGAAGGAGGUGGCCGAGCUGAAAAAGACCAUGCCGAUAUGGACAGGAGUGUAGGAACAGGCAGGUCGUACUGCCAAAUAUUCGUCGAUGGUAACGGACGAAUUGGGAUCGGAAUGCGCUUCAUUGGCUUUGAAGACACGGGAUGUGGUGAUUGGAAACAUUUUGUUACUCCAGCGUUCAAUGCCAGGGUAGCUAACGGACUGGCAAUUUUGAGCGAAAAGCCAAUGGAGGGCGAGUACGAUCGCUAUGAAUUGGUAGGAAUUGUAGCAGCCAUUGGUGAUGGUAAUGGACAAUGGACUCAUUCUGUAACACUUAUCAAGGACGAUGCAGAUUCAAAAAGCCCUUGGUGUCUUUUUGAUGAUGUGCUGGUCACUCGUGUUCAUGAGGAUGAAGCGCUCCAUAUGGAUUCUCGAUGGAAGUUACCGUUGAUUCUUUGCUAUGCGAACGAGAAGUCCGAUUUGAUGAAAGUUCCUGAAACCCGAUUGCCAAUCCCGUGCUCGGUUUUUCAAACGGACAAUAAUCUUACUGGUAAUGAAGAAGUAGCCCGAGAGCGGAGGAUGCUUGAAAUCCCUGGUGAAGGCGACUAUGUCGGGAUUGAUGCGGAAUUCAUCAACGUUGGCAAUGAACAUGGACGGAAGUCAGUAGGAAGAGUUAGCUGCGUCAAUUCAACAGGUGAACAAAUCCUUAUUGAUGACUACGUGGUCACCUGUGAAGGCGAUGUUGUUGAUGAUUAUCUUACUCAAUACAGUGGAAUAAUGGAGGACGACCUUGACCCUAACAAGUCAACAAAACAUCUCACAACUUUGAAACGCGUCUACAUGAAAGUAUUACAUCUGAUUGAGAGAGGCUGCAUUUUUGUGGGCCAUGCGCUAGUCAACGACUUCUCUACGCUGAACAUUCAUGUGCCGGCGAAACAGAUGAUUGAUACCGUGGAGUUAUUCCGUGUACCACAGCAACGUCUUUUCUCGUUACAGUUUCUUGCAUGGCAUCUACUUGGCGAAAAGAUUCAAGUGGGGAUCCACGACUCCGUUGAGGAUGCUCGGGUCGCAUUGAAACUUUUCAGGAAGUGGGAGGAACUCAGCAAGGAUGGCACUUUGGAGAGCGUUUUGAACUCGUUAUAUACAACGGGUAAGCAGUUGGGAUGGCGUGUUGACCAUGCUCCUCAAUCGAAAAGCAGCUCCCCGCUUUCAGAAACACGUGCGGCUGGCGCGUCACCGCCUUUAGAGUAA